GCUCCUCUACAGACACUGUACCAGGCAACUGUCUUUCCAUCAUCAAGAAAACCACCCCACACGGGCACACCCGAUUGCGUGCGCCAGCAAACUUCGUCGACCAUUUUCUACCGGGCAAUUCCCUAUCGCCGACCAUAUCGCGAGAUUUCCCAGAAGGAGACCGCCGUGAACAUAUAUCUAGCCUCCUCGAAUCCGGACCGAUCCUUCGAUAUGACGCAUUCCCCGCGCGCCGGGGACGAGGUUGCUGCCCAGGCCCCUCCCCCGGUGCUCGCGAUGGAUGGCGACGAACUGGACGGCUAUUCCUUUCCCAAGAACAAGUUCAUAUCCAUGAAGCACGCGGCCAAGCGCGAUUCGAGGCAUCGCUCGCAAGACAAGGUCCCUUUGGUUUUGGUUGCCUGCGGAAGUUUCUCUCCCAUCACCUUUCUUCACCUCCGCCUAUUCGAAUUAGCGAAAGACUGGACGAAAUAUCCAAGGACAGAAUUCGAGGUCGUUGCCGGCUAUUUGUCGCCUGUGGGUGAUGCAUACAGCAAAGCUGGACUCGCCACUGCGAAGGAUCGGAUACAUAUGUGCCAGUUGGCCCUCGAAGCCGAUGCAGACUCACGAUCGUCUUGGGUCAUGGUUGACGACUGGGAGGCUCGACAUACAGAAUACCAACCUACCGCAAGAGUGCUGGAUCACUUCAACUAUGAGAUCAACACAAGAAUGGGAGGGGUAGAAAUGCCGGACGGCUCGAGGCGUACAGCGAAGAUUGUCCUACUUGCGGGCGCCGACCUCAUCUCGACUAUGUCAACACCAGGUGUUUGGUCGCAAGAAGAUCUGCAACAUAUACUCGGCGACUACGGCGCGUUCAUAGUCGAACGAGCCGGAACCAAUAUCGAUGACGCUUUAGCGAGUCUGGAGAAAUGGAAAAGCAAUAUCCAUGUCAUCCAUCAGCUCAUUCAAAAUGAUGUAUCUUCAACGAAGAUACGGGCAUUUUUGAAAAAGGAUAUGAGCAUCCGGUAUCUGGUCCCACAAAUGGUGAUCGAAUACAUCGAGAAGAAAAAUCUAUAUACGGAUGCGCAAAGCAGACAGGCGGCCCUGAAUGGAGAAGUUGCCGCUUCUUGAAUAUCAUCAUUUCUCGAUGUAGUGGGCAGAGAGAAGGCCACUCGAUGUAUGAUUCCACGGCCGUCUACGGAUCCCAUGAUAUCCACCUGACUCCGUAUUCGUAAUCACGGUCGAACAGUUCCUCAUGCGGAGGAUCCAAUGCGGAUUGGACGGUACCUUGGUUAACGGGGUCUGGAAACGGUCAGUUCACUUCACUGACAUUCCAUGACUCAAAUCUUUCGCACGCGGA